AUGGACCUCCCUCUACUUCCGGCUCGGAUGUUCGCCGCUGGAGAAGAACCCUCUGGUGAGAGAGUGAACUCGUACCAUAAGGCGAAGACGAUUAACCACAUUCUAGCCGCUCUGGAAGAGGAUGAAAAAGAAUACCUCCGGCGUUCUCCGUUCGGGAAACUUAUUGCGACGGCGGAGAGGCCAGCCUUAUCAGGUACUUUCGGCCAUUUUUGUAUUACGCGACUUUUAAAGGUGACAAAGAGGCAUGAAAUCUGGGUUUUAUUUGCCGGGCGCCCAAUCCGAAUAUCGCUGAGGGAAUUUGCUAUUGUUACUGGUCUCCCUUGCGGUAAACUGCCUAAGAAGAGCAAAAACAAAAAAAGAAACCCAGUCCGCGAAAAACCGUACUGGCCCGAUCUGUUCGGUAAUCUCAAGGCCUGCAGUGUAGAUCUCGCAACAAAGAUGUUGAAGAAGAAGACCAUUGUUGAUAAGACAGCUCGCCUAAAGUACGCCUGCCUCGCCAUUACCGGAGCUGUGCUUUGUCCAACAAACCACAGAUCUAAAAUAAUCCUUGAACAUGCAGAGCUCAUCAGAGAUUUUGACGAAUUCCUAGCUUAUCCCUGGGCCAGAGUCGGAUUUGAGUUGCUUAUUUCUAGCAUCAAGACAAAGGAUGAGGUUGCGCUCGCGCAGAGCACUGUUGCUGUUAAGGGUUUCUUCCAUGCGAUCCAACUAAUUAUGGUGGAGGCAGUCCCUUCGUUGACUGAAGUUGUCCAACUAAAUGACUCGUCCUCAUCUUCAGAGUCAGAGGGGGAGGAAGAAGAUCUGGAUAUGGAUGUUCGAUCUGAACCACAGGAAAUUAGUGGCAAUGCAUCUGACUCGGCUACUUUAAACGGCUGCGAGAAAGCGAAUGCGAAACAAUCAAGUACCCAAGAUAAUCCCAAGCUUGGUCUGAGUCCUAGCCACGCGAGGGAAUUGGAUGAAGAAUCACAGGCUUCUGUUUUUAGUAUAAUCCCCAUCCCCGACGGCUUGUCCCUUGAAGGGGUUGAUUUUAGUUGGUCAGACGACGAAGAUGAUCCAUCUGUUGACAAUAUGGUGAGAUUGAUUGAAGAAGGAUUCCAGUUUCAGAAAGAUAUGUUCAAAGGCGGGUUGACGCAGUCCGAGCUAGAGAAAAUACGCAUCGAGAGGAAGGAAAUUGCGAAGAAGAAAGACAAAAAGAAAGCUGUGGUGAACGCCAGUAAAACGGCGAACGACCGGGGUGUCAUGUCUUCUCCGGUAACCAUAGCUGAGCAUGUGACUGCCUGUUUAGAGAAGGAUAUCUCUGCACUCGCCAACAAGGUCGAAGAGAUUGGUAACAGGGUGAAUGGUUUGCGUCAAGAUUUUAGCGGUUUAUCUGAGGCCAUAAGGUCUACUCUUGACGCCAAGUUGCAAGCAAUGUCAGAGAAGAUGAUUUCCAGUAUUAUGUCAUUCUUGGACAAACCACUAUCAGAUGUUGCACAUGGGCAAGGUGGGCCGACUACUGCGAUCAGUAACUCGUUUCAAGGGUUACCCGACGACCAAGGUAGAGCGGAUACUAAUGCUCCGGCUCGCAGACAGACGACGGAGGACGCUGCAAUCGGUGCUGCCAUUAAUAUGGUCAACAACCUGGAUGUGUCUCCUCACACUCAUUCAUCGUUGAACGUGUGUGCGGGUCGGCCGUUCUUGACACCAUUUGCUGCACCGUUUGCCAAUUCAGAAAUCUUCCCUCGCUCGACUGACGUCGUCAUGAAUGAACAUUCACCACAGAAUGAGGAUGACUCGGGAGACGAGGCCAUCGGCGAUGAAAUUCCGGAUGAAUCUACUCUUGCAGGGGCGGUUCGAUCACGCCGCCGGAGCAAGCGAGCCAGGACGGAGCCACAAGGGUACAAGUCAUACCAGGUUGAUCCCAAAUGGAUUAACUGUACCAUUUCACCCCACAUUUUCUCUUGCCCUCCCGAGAAAGUUUGUCCGUUCUUGCAAAAAUUUGAUCGGCUUGAAGAAUUGUUGAAGUCUCCUAGGGUCAUCGUUUUAGGCAAUGGUAGCUCCAUCAACAAUAAAGAACUUCUUGAGGUCGUCUCUCGAACAAAACAUAUGUCAUCGAAGAUGAUGGAUGCCCUCUUGUUUUACGCAAGGGCCGUAUUUAGCCGGCAGUUUAAAGACGAGGCCUACAGCGGUACAGAGUUCUUGGAGACGACAUUCGCAAAUCAGCUCAUGAAGCAGUUUUCCCGUUUUAGCAAGCUAGCGCAUAAAGACAAGCACCGUUUCGUAUUUGGUGACACGGUAAUGGUUUUCUUGGAGCCAGUCACGACUGAAUCUCCUGGCCCAGAACAUAUUUACUGCGCAUAUAACCUAGACAAGGAGCAUUGGUUAGGUAUUUAUAUUGAUAUAGUUGGCGGAUCCAUUCACGUGCUGGAUUGCAACACAAGCCAUCGAUCCGAUUCUUUCGUGAAGAAGGCCCUCAUGCCCAUUGCUCAGAUGCUUCCGUACUUGGUUAAGCAGGUGCUGAGCAACAAACAUUGCAUCGACGGCAAGUGUUUCAUUGUGCAUAGGAGCAAGGGCAUUCCAACGAAUCCCAAUAUUUCUGACUCAGGUGUCACCGCCGCCCUUCUGAUCAUGGCUCAUGCUAUUGGAGGUUUCGACCGUUGCAAAAACAUCAACCCGGUUAAUUUGGACUCUGAAAGCAAGAUAUUGGCUGUUCGUAUGUUUGAAGAAUUUGACAGCCCUCUGUAA